AUGACACCAGGACUCAGGUGGGAGAGCGGAGGAGGAGAGCUCCAGCACUGGCUGCUGCAGGGGCAUCAGUACCACGGGCUGAUGCAGAGUCUCACCUCCCUGCUGGAGAAUCGGGCAGGAGAAAGGUUGCCCCAGGAGAACCGCUUCCAACCCGGAGCGUCGCUGAUCUACGGACACACCUGCAGAGCUACGAAGCUCUUUUUCCGAAGACUGGAGAAUCACAUGAUCCUUGCCGAGCAGUUUUCCAGGGAGGUUCCGGAGCGGACGGUUGCUGAGCACAGGGAGAGGUGGCUAGAGCUGGUGACCGGGCAUUCGGUGCUACAGUCAGAGGCCCUGAGGCACGGGGUGCACAUGGAGACCACCCUUCAGGUUUGGGCUGAGGUGGAGGCCGCGCGAGAGGUCCUGACGAAGGAGGCGGGGGGCGCUGAGCUCCAGGCUUGCCCGUCCGUGGGGCUUGCUGGAGGAGACGGAGGAGCACGUGGCCGAGCUCGUCAGCACCUUCCAGAGGAUCCGGGACAGCGUGGCGGAGAGCUGGCCCAGGAUGGAGGACGUCCUGAGGAACGGGAAGGCUCUGCUGGAGGCUGUGGACAGCCCAGAGCUGGAGGCCCAGCUCCGCACCAUGGAGGACAAGUGGCUGUGCUUGAGGAACCGGGUCCACCAGGAGCUACAUCGACUGGAAUUGUUGCUGGAGCAUUGGAACUGGUUCCAGAGAGAGUCCCGUGCCAUUGGGGAGUGGCUGGAGUCGGCCAGAAACCGGCUGACGUACUGGGAGCAGGAGUCACUGAGCCUCCCCCCGAACCCAGAGAGCAGAGGGAACCAGCUCAACCUCUUCCUGGACUUCAGGAAGGAGGUGGAGGACCGGACCCCCUCCAAGGUGGCGGUGGGCAGCAGGGGCGGCAGCUGCUGGCGCUGCAGCAGGGCGAGGGCACUGCUCUGCGGGCACAUCUGGAACAGCUGGAGCGCGGUUGGGCACAGCUGGUUGGGCAGCUGCCCGGCAUCCAGGAGCGUCUGCAGCAGCUGCAGGUGGAGCAGACGCCCUCCUGUCAGCUCCUGGCCGAGCUCAGCGAGUGGAUCAGCGGCGCGGAGACAUGGCUUCGCCGGUCGGCGGUGGAGGUGCCGGCGCUGGGCAGCAGUGCCGCCGUCAAGCAGGCACUGCGCGAGUGCCAGCACCACAAGAUGGAGAUGAGCUGUCGGCAGCUGGCGGUGGAUUUGUGAACCAGUCCCUGCUUCAGACCAGCAGCCAGGACGUGGAAAGCGAUCGGUACGGGAAGCUGGAGCUUGCGGAGAGACUGGGCACUCUGAACCUCCUGCUGGGAGAAGGGUGUGUCAGGACCUGAACAGCAGGAUGCAGGAACUGGACCUUGCGCUGGAGACUUGGGCUGACCACGAACGCAGUGUCCCAGUCGCUGGCGAGCUGGCUGGGGGCUCAGGCAGAGCGUCUGAAGAACAGUCGGCAGGCCUGCAGUUACGCCUCGGUGUUAGCUCACUGACUGACUGCCAGGACCUCGGUGAGCUGCUGAAGGUGAAGGAGGGGGAGUUGGAACGACUGAGGCAGACCCUGGCUCAGGUGACAAGGGAGAUGCCCCCAGGGACGCUGGUGGACAGUGUGAAGACACUGGAUGGCCUGCAGAACUUGUGCCAGAGCCUGGCCGGCUGAGGUAGG